GCAAGGAGGACUAAACACAGCAUGGUCAUCAGUUAGACAACAACCCGCGUGCAGAUCCAUUUGGUGAAAACUGACACGUUUAUGUUUUUUAUUGCGCCGGGAAGUUUCUUCUGUGUCUAAUUUGGGGGGAAUGAUUUUGUUUUUGUUUUAUGCUCUUUAGGAGUUUUUGUUCUAAACCCAAAUCAUGUUCACAACCUACAUAAAGAAUCUGAAUGAUAUGGUAUCUACGUCUGAGAGCCCCGAGGAGCAACCGAGCACUGGGGUCUUGGGUCGUAUCGGGAGUUGGCUCUCUCCAUGGAGGGCAAAGAGUCCAAAGAGUCCCACUGAAAAUGCCUCCCCGACGAGCGAUAAUGUUUUUAAGUCAGAAGGAGAACAGGAGAGUGAAGAAUCUGUGAGACUCCAGGCAAGGACACAAGAGGGGGAGGAGGACCAGAGCUCCAAUCCCAAUCCAUUCGGUCAAUCCAGAGACAUUUUUCCAUGUGAAGAGGAGGACGCCACACAGUCUGCCCACAGAGGCGUCUCUGUUGUGAGCAGCACUGAAACAGCAGAAGGAGAUCCAGAGAAGGAGGAGUUUGUGGAUUGCAGAGAGGAGAGAUUUGAGCAGGGCAAGGAGAGGGAGGAGAGCAGCAACGGUAAUUUAGCAAGCGGGAAUCCUGAGACAAAUGGCAGUCAGCUGACACAUCCCUCUUACUCUUCUGAGCAGGGUGUGGUAUGCGAAUCUGACCACGCCCACACCCAGUCUCAAGUACAUGCAGGCAGGAGGCUCCAUGUGUACCUGGAGGAGACCAGCGUGAUUCACUCCAACCAGAACACCUGUGCUGAACAGGCAGUGGUCCAAGUCACAAAAAAGAACCUCAAAGUCCACGCCAAAGUAAAGUCAUCAUCAGAUUUGUUGAGUUCAACAAGUGCAGAGGACCAAAGGACGAAUGUGAGGCCUGCUGUUGGGGCAGAUCAUUACCACAGUGCCCUCGUGGGGGUAUCAGUGAAAUCACACAAAGAGUCACAGUCAGAGACUGAGCCUGAACCGGAGCCUGAACCUAAAGGACAAACAGAGGCUGACAGAAUGGGGCGUAAAAACGCAGCCAGAAGGAAGAACAGCCAGUUCAAGAAGAACGCUCAGGGAGAUGAAGGGAACAUCCCCCAGGAAAAAAUGCCUCCCAGCGCCGAACCUGUCCCACAAGAAAUCUCGCCAUCAGAUAACUCAGUGACCAAUCGCCAGGGCAAAAGUCCAAAGACUCACAUGGGAGAGGCAUCUGUAAACUCCUCCUCCAAGCACGCUUCCGCCUCUCAGACUUCACCUGAAAGAGCAGAGAAUAAGACUUCCUGUCAUGAUAGAGCCGAGCUGUUGGACAAUUUCCAGGACUCAAACUCAGACAUUGCAGCCCCUCUGGAAUGUGUGGUUGGUGUGGGCGCAGACAUGGAGGACGACAGCAGUGUUUACAAAGUGGAACGGAAGACAGAGACACCAGAGUCCAAACGCAGGAGUCUGAAGGUUUCUCGGAGUGAGGUGAAGCUUUUUACAAAGAACGUGCAUUUGAAUUCAAAGCUAAAUCCAGCCGGAGACACCGAGGAAUUGAAAGCAGUGUUGAAAAAUGACCAAGAUGAAGCAAAGGAUAAGCCCAAAACAGAGAUCGAUGCCAGACUACUCAAGCUGAAGAAAAUUGACGAGGAGCCUAAGCCAGUCGUUGGCCGCAUUGCGGAUAGAAUCAGCCUCUUUGAGCAGCCGGCAGCAGGUGUCAACAAGCGGACCUUCCAAAGUCCGAGGAGUGCUGAUGUCUCUCCAGUCAGGAAUGCCACGACGAUGUUGAAAGCAGAUUUAAAGUCGUUAGAAAAGAGGUCAAGAUCAGCUGAACGUUCCGACACGGCCAGGUCCAGACCUGAGUCACCCGGCGGGAAGAAGCCGAUGACGAUCAAGGAGCGAAUGAGGAACUUCACAAAAGAAUCUGAAACUGGGGACGAGCCAACGAGGCCUCAAAAGUCAGACUUGACAGGAAUGUCUCAAAAAGCUACCUCAUGCGUAGUGUCUGCAUCAAAGUCAUCAGAACUAGACAAUCAGGGUAAACUGGAUACUGACAAACAAUCAAAAUCCGAGAUAACAUUAAAACCAGAUGGACAAGAUACUACCGGUGUAGGGUCAAAGAUUUCCAUUUCUAAAGAACAACCAACAGAAUCUAAAACAAACAACACGGUGGCCUCGAAAACCGCAGAUCAGGUUAUGGAACCUAACAGAGUUGAAACAAAUCUUCCAGCUGAAGGUCCGGGUGAUUCUGCAGAACUGACCAAUAGCAUUAACCCACAGCCCAAAGACCUUAGUAGAACAGGCUCCCGCUCUAAAAGAAGAAAAGGUAGGGAACAAACCAGUCCCAUCAGCCCAAAUUGUGAAUUCAAACUGGAUUGCUCCACAAGUAAGCCAGAGCUCACUGCUAUAAAACCACAACUGGUAGAUGAGUCUGCCUCUAAACUACUCACAGAGAAAGUGUCAUUACCAUCUGAUAAAGCCGAAGGAAAUACAGACACCGGACAGAAAACAUUUAAGAAGGAGCCAGAGGUGUUAGUAAAACAAAAGAAAUUCUUGGAUUCUUCAUUUAAAGACGGAAAAAUUGACAAACCGGUAAAGAGACAGGAGGGAAUGCCUGAGCAAUCUGUCAGCAAAGAUGAACCUGAUACGGCUGCUUGUAGCAGUGGAACGAAGACGCCUGUUGACAAGGAUCCCGUUAUUUUACCCCAGAAGGACAAAAAGGCAAAUUCCUCCAAAGACAGCAGAGAAACUUCAGCCUCCUCCCCCUCAACGGUGCUUGAACGACCUAUUGAGAAGCCUAGUUUGCUGGAGCAAGAGCCACCUGUUGAACAGAUGAAAAUAGCUAAAGAAUUGUCAGUGCAAUCUGAAUCCACCGAGCCAAAAGAAAAAAACACAGGGAAAUGCCCGAACAAGGACAUAGAACUGAUGAAUCAGGCUGGGAGUAAAGAUGUGGGGAAAUUGGAAAAGGUGGAGGACGAAAAAAACAAUCAGACUGAGAAGAAAAACAAAGAUAAAGCACAGCAGCUCCUGCAAUCAGCUGAAAGUAUCACAAAGGCCGAGAUUUCAGAAAGCAGACAAGGUAUGUCAGAGACCGAGUGGAGUAUUGCGAGGGAUAAUGAAAGAAAAGAUGAGACACAGUCGGCUAAAGUCAUAACAAAACCUGAAAUAAUAAAACCAAAACCAGCCUCGCCGUCCUCAGAAAAGAAAAGCACAUCAUCGGAACUGCCUGCUCAAAAACAAGGUGCCAGACACACAAAGACUGCACAUCCAGAAGAAGCUGCCGUUGGUGCCGUCACUCAAACUAAUGAGGCUGCGAGUGUGACCAAGACUGUAAAAGGGACGUCGAAAAGAGAAAAGGCAGCAACGGUGCCCUCUGAGUUGCAAACAAAGUCUACAGAAAGCCCUGGAACAGAGCCAGAGGCAGUGGUGGUUGCAGCAAAACCGCAGCCUCAUUCUGAAUCCGUGGAAAAAACGGAGAAUUCACCAGAUGACUCAUGUGCAAAUGGAGCCAGUGAUGCUCAUUUCUCCAGCUCAAAGUCAGUAACCAACGCAACUACAGCAGCUGAGGAAGUGAGUGUAAAAGCCGCUGAUGGCACUUCAGCGCUGAUAACUUCAAAGACUGAUAAUAUGUCGGAAAAGGAAUCGUACGAUAAAAAGUCUUCGCCUAUUUUGGCCUCAAAACCUUUGAGCAGCAGCGUAGCAAAGCGGUGUGAUGGGGAAAAAAGUUCAACUGUCGGAUCAGUGCCCUCAGAAGUCUCCGGAGAUAUAACGAAACCAGCUCCUAGAGCCCGACAGUGUGAGGAAUCCGAAAUUACAGGAAGUAGAAGUGAUAAGGAAAUAGCACAGAGCCCCUCUGAUGGCGCUACUUCCAACUCCACAGUUGAUGUUGCAAAGAAGACGGCUGAGGAAACAUUUCAUUCACUCAUGAACAAACUCUCCCCUGUUGCUAAUGGUGAUAUCUCCCCACAACUCCAUACAGUCAAAAAGGAACCGGUCAACAACAAGCCAAGUCAAACUACACAAGCACCCACUUCCCCAGACACAACCCUGCUUUCAACCAUGAAGAGACUACGUUUUCCACACGGAAGAAGCAAAGACGAUUCUGCAACACCGCAAGACGCUCCCUCGAGCUGGCUGGAUGUGGACUUCCCCAAACGGAAGCUCAAAGUCUCGAUGCCCAAACUGAGCUCCUCUGGAAGUGAAAGCAAUCUUCUGGACACUUCUGGGGAGCUAGAUGAUAAUGAUUUCAUUGAGAAAAUCCAGAAGCUGUGUGCACCGUUCCCCCUUCCGCCACGUAAACACAACCAACUCCGGCCCCCUCAGCCGCCAUUUGCCAUGCCUGCCAUCAGAGAGGCACGCUUUGAGAAGACCUUUGACCCCGAUGAGUUUAAGUUUGGCUUGAGUAAGAAGAAUCAGUUCAGUGUAGACACAAGCUCGAGCCUCUUAGCCUCGAAGUAUCAGAGCAAGGAAACUAAAACGGGCAUGAUGCCUGCCAGGGCGAGCUUGCUGCUCAGUAUACUGGACCCUCACUCUCGCCUCAGGGACAACAGCCCUGUCGAGGAGGAUGUCAAGGAAGAGAAAGAUGACCAGAUCAAGGUGAAGUCUCGCUUGGAGGGGAGCUGUGUCCUCAGCAGCCUCAACUCCUCCAUCUUCCGAGGGAGGAGGAAAGGAGUUCAAACGCAGGUAGAGGGCACCCACUCAGGGGAUGUGUCACCGAGUGAAGCCCCCCAGCUCAGCCCUCCAGCUCUAACCCAGACACCCCCGCGGAGCCCAACCGCUACAGCUCCACUCCAAGACACACAGGCCCUUAGCAACAGAGAGAAAGCCCAGUCUGCAGAGGCUGUGCCCAGUGACUCAGGCCUUCCACUUCCCGUCUUUAACGACAUCAAGCUGCCGGACUAUUUGGAGAAGUACCUCCCCCGAGGGCCAGCGAAACCAGAGCGCAGCGAACAAGGACCAGAGCAAGUCAGAACUGAGGUUAUUGGAAAAAUGAAAGCUCCAGCCUGCGAAACCGACCUGGCGAUGAAACCAGGUGGAGUGCUUCCUGAUGCGGUGCCUCCAUGUGUUCCUGAGAUUCCUCCAAUUACACAUCCUACACUUCUUGAGCAUAAGAAGCCUCCGGCAAUCAUAACUGCCAAGGGAUUUCACAAGCGCCCUGGAAAGAUGGUGUUGUUUGAAAAACAUCAGUUCAGUGGCCAGGCGCAUGAGAUUUUCAGGGAUGUAGCAGAUGCUACUUCUCUGCAGCUCUCGCCUCUCAUAUCUGUGCAGGUUGUCCGAGGAUGCUGGCUGAUCUACGAGAAGCCCGACUUCCAGGGACGCUCAAUCGCCUUGGAGGAGGGAGGCAUUGAAUUGGCAAAUGUGUGGGCAGUGCCGGAGACAGAGCCACAGUCCAACCCACCAAUGCUGAUUGGCUCAAUUCGACUUGCUGUCUGGGAUUACAGCCUCCCCCACAUUGAUCUGUUUACUGAACCGGAGGGCCACGGCAGAGUAACACCGUACCAUAAUGACAGCAUAGAGACGGGCUCGUUUGGCGUCCCACUGAGCACUGCUUCCAUCCAAGUCCACUCUGGGGUGUGGCUGGUGUUCAGUGACCCGGGGUUCCAAGGCAUGGCAGCGGUUCUGGAGACAGGAGAGUACCCUGUUCCUGACACCUGGGGCUUCACAUCACCCUUUGUCGGGUCUCUUAGACCACUUAAAAUGGGUGGUUUCAAAGUGGAGAACCCGAAUGAAGUCAAGGCCUUGCUGUAUGAGAAGCCGGGACUUGAAGGCUCCUGUUGGGACAUCGACGGUGACAUUUUCAGCUUUGGUGAAAGUGAAGGAGACAUGGCUACUGAUGGAGAAAACCUAGAUUCGAGAAAACUGAAGUCUGUGGCUUCUUUAAGGAUCAUUGGAGGACUCUGGGUGGGCUACAGCGAGCCUGGGUUUGAGGGCCAGCAGUACAUCAUGGAGGAAGGAGAGUACCUGGAAUGCAGCGACUGGGGAGGCUCUGACCAGCUCGGGUCACUGAGACCAAUCCUGUCUGACUUUAUUUCUCCACACCUCAAAAUGUUUAGCGACAAAGAUUUUGGUGAACUGGGAGUCAACAUUGACCUCACAGUGCCCGUCAUUGACAUGGAUGGAACAGGCUACGGCGUGAAGACGCAGUCGAUUGAUGUCAUAAGUGGCGUCUGGGUUGUGUUUGAGGAGCCGGGCUUUUGUGGCGAAUGCUACCUGCUGGAGAAAGGCCUGUAUGGGAACCCACAGGACUGGGGGGCGUCACAGCCCAGAGUAGCCUCAGCAAUGCCUGUUGUGCUGGAUGAUUUUGAGAAUGCAGCCAAGUUUAAGGUGCAGCUUUUUUCAGAUCCAGGUUUUAAAGGCUCUGUUGUCCCUCUGGAGGACAGUGUGGCCUCCCUGAUGGACUCUGUGGCCUCGUGCAAGGUUCUGGCUGGAAGCUGGCUGGCAUUUGAGGGCCAGGACUUCACUGGCAGGAUGUAUGUGUUAGAAAUGGGGAACUACCCCGACCUGAGAGCAAUGGGCUGUGUCAAUGCGGGAUCCUCCAUCCUGUCGCUACAGACUGUUGGCUUUGAGUUUUCACUGCCAUCCAUCACCCUGUUUGAGCGCUGUGGUCUGUGGGGUAAAAGGGUGGUGCUCACAGAUGGAUCAGUCAACCUUCAGCUGGCUGGAGGCUGCAGCAGAGUCCAAUCGGUGCUCGUGGAAGGAGGCAUGUGGGUUUUAUACGAGGGAAUCAACUAUCGGGGUCCUCAGAUUUUAUUGAGACCCGGGGAAGUGCCCGACUGGCGCAAGUUCAGCAGCUGGCAGAAAAUUGGGUCCCUUCGCCCUCUCAUACAGAAGCGAGUGCACUUCCGUUUAAGGAACAGACGGACGGGGCUCAUGAUGUCAGUGACCGGCGAUCUGGAUGAUGUCAAACUGAUGCGGGUCCAAGAAACCGAGGAGGCGGAUGGAUUUGAACAGAUCUGGUUCCACGAUAAUGGACAUCUGCAUUGCAAGCUCGUGGAGGAGUGCUGCCUGAGUCCCAGUGGUAGCGUGACGAUGGCAGGAAGCCGGGUCGGUCUCUCCCCAGAACCAGAAAACCAGGAUCAACUCUGGAGCAUCACCCCCGGGGGAUUCAUCCGCUACACCUCCACCUCGGAUCUUGUCCUGGACGUCAAAGGGGGCGCUCACUACGACAAGAAUCAAGUGAUUCUAAAACCACUUGAUCCAAAUAACCUACAACAACAGUGGGAUGUGGAGAUUAUAUGAACAUAUGAGCUGCUGGACUGGAUCCGUAAUAAUAUAUCAGAGGAAAACCUCGACCAGAGUUUCCAUCAUGUAGCUGCAAGACAACUGCUGAUGGGCGAGGAAGAGGUGGAAAGGCUCUUCCUCUGCUGCAGGACUACACACAUAUCCGAUGACGAUGGCCAACAUGGAGAGCUAUGGAUGAAUCCGUAAGAAUGUAUUACUACCCAGAGCUGUCGGAAUUUUAAAUACUUCAUAUUUUAUACUUAACCAGUAAUAUAUCCUCAGUUAAAUCCGUUCGCCUGAUAAUUAUGUCAAACAGUGUUAAAGCUUUUGCAUAUUUUAAUGCAAGGUCAUGUGUAUGUGCACCAUCUAUCCACACAUCUUCAAGCUGCAUGCACUUUGAGGAAACAAACAAUACAAGUUCCCAUCAAUCUUUUUAUUUGUUUCAUCAAAAUUACACAGCACACAACUCUUGUUUUCAGGAUAAUAAAAGUAUUUUUGUCAAUAAAAGUGUUUGAUAUAUUGUACAGCACAUCAAGCAGCACUCGGUUUACAACAAGGUACAGACUUAAUGUUUCAGAUUUCAAGCUUUAUUAUUUGUUUUUGCCAAAAUAAUAAAUGACUAAUUUUG